GCACACGCGGCCACGCAGCAGCCCCACACCGCGCACACAGGCUCGGGCAGCAGCAGCAGCAGCAGCAGCGGCCGCCGCCACCAGGCAUGGCACAGGGCUCCGCCUCGCCAUGGCAGCAGCAGCAGCGCGGCACAGCACCCUGGACUUCCUGCUCAGCGCCCCAGCUGAUUGCAAUGCCGUUCUUAAAGGUCUACAGCCUGUUUUUCAAGAGCAGGGAAUGACAGAAACAAUUCAUAACUGGGAGGAUCAUGGUUACUUAGCAACUUACAUCAACAAAAAUGGAAGUUUUUCCAAUCUGAGAAUUUACCCUCAUGGAUUAGUAUUGGUGGAUCUGCAGAGUCACAGCGAUGAUAUGAAAGGAAGAGAUGAAAUUGAUCAUCUACUAAAUAAGAUAGAAGAAAAAAUGAAAGAGUUGUUUCACAGCAGUAUCAAAAGGGUAAAGCGAUUGCCAGCAAUUGUGAGAGGAGAAGCCAUUGAUAGAUACUGGCCCACGGCUGAUGGGCGUUUGGUAGAGUAUGACAUAGAUGAGGUUGUUUAUGAUGAAGAGUCGCCUUAUCAGAAUAUUAAAAUUCUACAUUCGAAACAGUUUGGGAAUAUUCUUAUCCUCAGUGGGGAUGUUAAUCUGGCAGAGAGUGACCUGGCAUAUACGCAAGCCAUAAUGGGCAGUGGGAAAGAAGACUACACUGGGAAAGAAGUGCUGAUCCUAGGAGGUGGUGAUGGGGGUAUACUAUAUGAAAUAGUCAAACUGAAACCAAAGAUGGUCACCAUGGUGGAGAUUGACCAAAUGGUGAUCGACGGGUGUAAAAAAUACAUGCGUAAAACAUGUGGAGAUGUCUUAGACAAUCUUAAAGGAGAAUGCUAUCAGGUUCUAAUAGAAGACUGUGUUCCAGUACUGAAGAGGUAUGCCAAAGAAGGAAGGAUGUUUGAUUAUGUAAUUAAUGAUCUGACAGCUGUUCCAAUCUCCACAUCUCCUGAAGAAGAUUCUACGUGGGAGUUUCUACGACUGAUUCUUGACCUUUCAAUGAAAGUCCUGAAACAUGAUGGAAAAUAUUUCACGCAGGGAAACUGCAUCAAUCUGACUGAAGCCUUGACCCUCUAUGAAGAACAGCUCGGCAGGCUUUAUUGCCCUGUGGAGUUCUCAAAGGAAACUGUGUGUGUACCCUCAUACAUGGAAUUAUGGGUGUUCUACACUAUUUGGAAGACAAGAACUGAAGCGUGAAGAUCAAGAUAUUCUAAUUGUGUGCUGCAUGGAGCAUACAGGCUUGCCGCGUGCUGCGUAUUGGCAUCUUGAACCUUUAAAUUAUAUGCUGUAGAUGAUCCUGAAACUUAGUCAUGCUAUUGAUUGUGAAUUCUUUAAAUGUUUUUUAUUAUUAUUUUAAUUUAAAAGCAAAUGGAAAAUGUAUAUUUUGAUGAGGUAGGGUGUUAUUUUUGAAAGUCAACUUAAAGAUGAAUUAGCAGCAAAACUAUAGCUGCUGAAUGCACUGAACCUUUAGAAUGUGAUCCUUUUUAUUUUUUUGUAGAUCUUCACAAACUGAUUAAAAAAAGACAUCUUUAGCAUUUCA